AAGAACCCACACUCCCUCUCCCUCUCUUUUUCUUUCUCACUCACUCUCUCUCCAGCCCAGGGCUUUUCAACAGGUGUCCUGGGGAGCACUUAAAAAGACACCAGGCUCCUCAAAACUUGCAGUGGCAGGAUAAUUAACUUUUUUGAGAGGAAAAUUGUGACGCCAUGAUUGCCUGGCCGAACAGGCGAAGCGCGUCCCUCCUGCUGGGGGCGCUGUGCGCCCUCGCCUGCCUCGCCGCCGCUGACGACGACCCCCCGGCCCCCGCCGAGAAGGGGCUCACGUUCAGCCACGUCUACACGAUCGACCUGGCCCAGGGCUCCGACUGCAAGCCGGCCGGCCACGCCGUUCCCCAGGACCAGGCCGGGGAGCUGCAGGGAGCCCCGGCGACCGUCGCCGUGGACGGGGAGAACGACGUCGUGUUCAAGCACAACAUCCGCCUGCAGGCGCCCAAGUGCGACUGCGAGGACCUGGAGGCCUUCCGGUCCCUGCUCUACCGGAUCAACGGCCUGGAGGAGGAGGUCACCUACCUGAAGGGCCAGUGCUCCCAGGGCUGCUGCAGCCAAGGAGCGGACACCGCCUGCGGCGGCCACGGGACGUACCAGCACGCCACCUGCGGCUGCCUGUGCGACCCCGGCUGGGAGGGGCCCGACUGCUCUGCCUCGUCCUGCCCGGACGAGUGCAACGACAACGGGCGCUGCGUGGACGGGCGCUGCCAGUGCCACGCGGGCUACGGCGGGCACGACUGCAGCCAGCUGCUCUGCCCCAACGACUGCAAUGACAAGGGCCACUGCGUGGACGGGCGCUGCGUCUGCUUCCUGGGCUUCGCCGGCGAGGACUGCGGCCUGCGCAGCUGCCCCAACGACUGCGCGGGGAACGGGCGCUGCGCGGACGGCGCCUGCGUCUGCGAGGACGGCUUCUCCGGCGCCGACUGCUCCAGAGUGAUGGGCCCCAAAGGCCUCCGUUUGCUCCGGGCCCUGGAGGACUCCCUCCAGGUGGAGUGGGACCCCGUGAGGGGGGCGGAGUACUACGUGCUCACCUACCACCCCAAGGGGAACCAGCGCGCCUUGCAACGUGUCAAAGUGCCAAACACCCAGAGUUCCUACCUGAUCACCGGCCUGGUCCCCGGGGUGACGUACGUCGUGCAGGUGCACGCUGUGAUUAAGGAAAUCAGCAGCGAGGCUGACAGACUGGUGGCCAGCACUGUGGUCGCCUCGGUGGACGGCGUCCGCGUGCUGGGGCAAACCGAGGACACCAUCCAGGUGGACUGGCAGAACCCGGCGGCCGAGCUGGACCACUUCCGGCUGACCCACAGCAGCCCGGAGGGGCAAGAGGAGGAGGAGGAGGUCCCCAGGAGCCAGGAGGCCCGGACCAAACACACUAUCAUAGGCCUCCAUCCGGGGACGGAGUACCACAUCACGGUCCAGGCCAUCCGAGGCGCGUACGAGGGGAAGGCGUCCUCCGUCACCGGGAUCACGGAAUUAGACGCCCCCACCAACCUGGUGACCAGGGAGGUGAUAGAGGACACCAUCACUGUGACGUGGGACAAGGUGCAUGCCAACGUCGACGGCUACGUGAUCAGCUACACCUCCGCCGAUGGCACCACCCGGGAGAUCCCAGUGGGGGCGGACAGCGCCUCCUACAGGCUGACCGGGCUGCGGCCCGGAGUCGCCUACACCAUCUCCAUCUGGGCCGUGAAGGGCUCCCGCACCAGCAGGAAGACGUCCACGCAGGCCGAGACAGCGCUGGACACUCCCACUAACCUGGUGACCAGGGAAGUGACAGACGACACCGCCACUGUGACGUGGGACAAGGUGCGGGCCGACGUUGACGGCUACGUGAUCAGCUACACCUCCGCUGAUGGCUCCAGCCGGGAGAUCCCAGUGGGGGCGGACAGCGCCUCCUACAGGCUGACUGGGCUGCGGCCUGGUGUCGUCUACACCGUCUUCGUCUGGGCUGUGAAGGGCUCCCGUGCCAGCAGGAAGACGUCCACACAGGCUGAGACAGAGCUGGACGCUCCCACUAACCUGGUGAUCAGGGAGGUGUCAGAGGACACCGCCUCUGUGACGUGGGACAAGGUGCGGGCCGACAUCGACAACUACGUGCUCAGCUACACCUCCGCUGAUGGCACCAGCGAGGAAAUCCCAGUUGGGGCGGAGGGCGCCUCCUACUGGCUGAGUGAACUGCGGCCUGGAGUCGUCUACACCGUCUACAUCUGGGCUGUGAAGGGCUCCCGCACCAGCAGGAAGACGUCCACAGAGGCCGAGACAGACUUAGACGCUCCCACUAACCUGGUGACCAGGGAAGUGACAGAGGACACCGCCACUGUCACGUGGGACAUGGUGCGGGCCGACGUCGACGGCUACGUGAUCAGCUACACCUCCGCUGAUGGCUCCAGCCGGGAGAUCCCCGUUGGGACGGACAGCGCCUCCUACAGGCUGACUGGGCUGCGGCCUGGUGUCGUCUACACCGUCUUCGUCUGGGCUGUGAAGGGCUCUCGUGCCAGCAGGAAGACGUCCACACAGGCCGAGACAGAGAUCGACGCGCCCUCAAACCUCAAGGCCUCAGGCAUUCAGAAGGACGCCGCGACCGUGACGUGGAAGUCCCCCCUGGCCUCCAUCGACGGGUACAUCCUCACGUACAGACCGGAGGAUGGAAGCGGUCAGGUUGUGGAGCGUCAGCUGCGAGCGGGAGAGAAGAGCUUUGGGCUGGCAAGCCUGGACAUGGGGAAGAGGUACGUCGUCACCCUGCUGGCCUACAGAGAGGCGAAGAGGAGCCGUCUGGUUCAGACCACCUUCAGCACAGUGGGUCUGGCCUACCCCUUCCCAAUGGACUGCACUCAGAUCAUGACGAACGGGAACUCAGAAAGCGGGGUCUAUACAAUCUACAUCAACAACGACCGCUCCAAGCCCAUACAAGUGUACUGUGACAUGGCCACAGACGGAGGUGGCUGGGCCGUUCUUCAGAGACGGACCUCCGGGAAGCUGGACUUCAUGAAGCGCUGGAGGCAGUACGUCCAAGGCUUUGGGGACAUGACUGAUGAAUUCUGGCUGGGCUUAGAAAAGAUUUACGAGCUGACCAACACUCCAACCCAGUAUGAGCUGCGUGUGGACCUGAAGCAGGGUACCGAAUCUGCAUACGCGGUCUACGACAAUUUCAAACUAGCACCGCCCAAGCAGAAGUACAGGAUAACCGUCGGCAACUACAGAGGAAAUGCUGGGGACGCGAUGACCUACCACCAGGGAAGACCCUUCUCCACGGUGGACUCGGACAACGACAUCGCCCUGGGGAACUGCGCCCUGACGCAUCGCGGAGCCUGGUGGUACAAGAACUGCCACCUCGCCAACCUGAACGGGAAGUGGGGGGACGAGAGACACAGCAUGGGGGUUAACUGGGAGCCGUGGAAGGGCCACCUCGUCUCCCUCGACUUCACCGAGAUGAAGAUCCGACCGGCGGGCGCCGGCGGCCCGGCGUCGGGCAGGAAGCGGCGGUCGCCGGCGGACAAGAGGAGAACGGCGCCGGCCAAAUAAGCCCACCAGGGGGCAGCAAAGAGCACUGGGAACUUUCACACACCUCACGUUCAAACCGGGCUGAAUACUAAUGAUUCUAAGCCCCUCCGUUUCCAUUUCCAUACGCAAUUUAUGUUGUUCUUUUCUGGAUGUAGGCCACACUGCUCCUGCAGUGCCAUAAUCCUGCGGAUUUUCCGGGGCUUCCAAUAUAGUGAAAUGCUGAAGCUGCUCGAGCAACUGGUCACCUGCGCUUAUCCAGCCGCAUAAUUGAUCCAAUUAAGUUAUUAAGGAUUUGGACAGAGCAUAAACCACAGGGUACUUCUCCACAACCAGGGUUGCUGAUCUCUCCGCUGUACCAAACUGUGCUGCUUGUGCUGUAUGUACUUACACUUUGAAAUAGGCCGCUUUUAUUGUAUUUUUUGUGACGCAUUGUACAAACCGGAGCACAUAGAAACUACAUUAUGCCUUCAUAAUAGCUGCAUGAUACCUUUGUAAGUGUUGCAGGGCCUUCAUAAUGCGCUGUUGCCAGACACUAUAAGACUGGAUGUGCUGUGUCACCACAUAUGCCUUCAGUAAUAGGACUUUGAUACUUUAGGUUGAUAUAUCAUAGCAAGCCGUGUUUAACAUGGAUGAUGCCAUAGAUCAUCAAAUUAAAAAUCCAUGAAGUAUCCAUAAAAUCGAGCAUUUUUCAGUGCUCGAGACCCUUCGUAAAAACGGUGCUAUUCACGUUCCUUAAUAUGUACGCAAAAGCACGUAACUGAAACGUGUGCGAUAAACCACCGGUGCGUCAUCAAGAAGCCUUCAUAAACCUGGCCUCCAUUUUGCCACUCUGCCUCAGUGGAGGAGCAGAAUGCUAGCUGCCAGGAAGCGUCAGAUCAGUGACACCCUCCUCUGUAAUUGCUGCAUCUUCCCAGACUGCUCACAGGGCCAGCUGCCCCCCCCACCCCCCAC